AACGAGUGAAAAAGUCAUUGCUUGGUUAAAAAUGGUUGAAUUUAAGUUGCAGAAGUUGAACACCACAUCAAAAACUUCCAAAAAGAAACCAUUAAAUUUCUGAAAAACAAUACUAGGUGUAGCUCAUUUGCUCAUUGUGUAUUUCGUGCUUAAAAUUUAAAUGAAUGACUAUCAUCGAGAUUAUACAAAGGCCUAAAGCAGAAAGACAAGUGACCGACAAAUUCCAGAAAAAAAUAUUUUCACGACAGUGGUUUUCAAACAACGCUUAUCGCAUGAAAAACUGAAAAAAAAGUCUACAAAAGGACAAAUAUAAUUGUAUUCUAUUGACAGACGCUUUCAAUUGGACAAUAGUAAUUUGUGCAUUUUGUUUUUAUUUUUUAUUUGGUUGCCGGGCAUCCAUCAGUCGACUUGUUUCGUCCCAAGUGAUUCUUAAAUAUUAAUUAAGCGUGACAAUACACUUUGUGUAAAGUAAAGAUUUCCUUAAACUCGUGUGUAAAUAUAACAUUUAACUAAAGAAACAAAACAAAAAUUUAAUUGACCAAAAAGAAAAGUAAAAAAAAACGACAAAAAAGAAAACACAAAAAUUUCUCAAUAACUGUGAUGGCAUCUGCUGACAAUAAUAACAUCGCAGUGAAUAUUAAAGAUUUGAAAAUGUUCGAAUCGUUAGAUUUGAACGGGAGUGACCCAACCGAUUGUUCGCUGGAAGAUAACAGCGGAUCUUUUUCCGAAGAUCAGGAUCAAGAUUGCAAAGUUUGCAAGCAACACCUGGAAUCGCCACGUGUACUAUCUUGCUUGCACGUUUUUUGCGAGAACUGUCUGACCAACAUUUUGAAUAAUGACACGAAUGACUCGAAAAUUAACUCGAUUGUCUGUCCAGAUUGCAAACAGACCACUACGGUUGGACCGGCUGGGGUUGCGUCGUUGCAUAACGACUACGUAUUAACCAACAUCCUUGAUCUGAACGCUGUUGAACCAUGUUCAAUUGCCUGUACAUCGUGCAAAAGUAAAGACAAUGCAAUGUCUCGUUGCAAUGAUUGCGCAAAUUUUUUAUGUGCCAGCUGUGAUAAUGCUCACAAGUAUAUGCGCUGUUUCGAAAACCAUAAAGUAGUUUUACUGGAUGAACUACGUGAAUCUACGGAAAAGGUUGCUAUCCAUAAACCACUUUUUUGUCAGAUUCACAGCAGUGAGAACCUGAAGUAUUACUGCUUCAAUUGUCAAGUUCCAGUAUGUAACGAUUGCCUGAUUGCCAACCAUAAGGGUGCCGAGCAUCAUUACGAAUUGAUUGCGGACGCUGAGAAACGUAUGCGCGGCGAAAUCGAAAAACUAUUGAUGAGUGCCAAAGCCAAAGUGGAUUAUUGUGAUGGAGCUGUUGGGAAUUUAAGCAAUUCGUUGACCGAACUGCAGAGCCAACAUGACAGCGCUCGUGAGCAAAUUGAAGAUAAUUAUCAAAGUUUCAAACAGAUCUUAGACAGAUGCCGUGAGAACGCGUUGAAGGAAUUGGAAAAAUUGCAUUCGGAACGAGAACUGAAAAUAAUGGACUUGCUUCAUGAUGUCGAAAAAUCGGUUGAGAAAAUCGAGCACGCGUGUAAAUUUACCAAAAAAGUAUUGAACCAAGCUAAUGGCACGGAAUUGUUGAGUCUGAAGAAAAUCAUUGGAACGCAAAUAAUCAACUUGAUCAAACACGCUCCGCAAGUGGAUGUCAAUUUUUCAUUGGACUUUGAUUCCAACUACGACAAGUUCAAUGUAAUGGCUCAGGACACAUUCGGUAAAUUCCGUACUGAAUUAACGGUUGUUCCCAAAGAGAAUACGCCGCCUCCAACAUUGCCUGGCAUGCCGCCGGUAUUGGGUAAACCGAACGGUAAUUGCAGCAACAGUUCACCGGGAACGUUAACCGGAUCAGUUACGACCAGCAGUCCGAUAUCCCUAACUACCUCAAUGCAAUCAUCAUUCGACGGAGACAUGUCCCAAUUGAGUAACAAUUACAUGAUGCCACCACAUGUCAUAUCACCGAACUCGCCACCGAUCGCACCGAAUUCGGGGCCGUCGGCUGUUUCGGCUCAAAAUAACAUAUCGUGUUUGAGUAUUGCUGAAUAUAAUUUACACCGACUCGCCAACAUUGGCAACAUUGCCGAUGCCGGAACUGAUAUAACCGAUGGAUUAUCGCCGACGAAUGCCAGUCCAUCUCCACAUCUGACACUUGCCGACUUGAUUUCGGGUGAUCAACGCGCUUUCCACAGUUUCCAAGCAAUGGCAAAGAUGGGUCUAAAUAACAAUGGAAAUUCAUUGAUGCAACGUGGAUCAUCUCCUGGAAUGGACAGCGUUUCUAUGUUGAAUGAUUUCAUGCCACCUCCAGCAGCAAUAUCACCAAUCGGCACAAUGUCUUCAACGCUUACCGAUGAUAUGGGACUGACAAUGAAUGGUCAAGUAAAUGGAGCCGGCCGUUCGAAAGCUACACCCAUGCAAAUAAGAUGUAAAUUUGGUUCGUUGGGUGCAUCAAAGGCACAAUUCAAUUCUCCACAUGGAUUUUGUUUGGGCGUCGAAGAAGAAAUUAUUGUGGCAGAUACAAACAAUCAUCGCAUCGAAGUUUUCGAGAAGAAUGGUACGUUCAAAUUUCAAUUUGGUGUACCUGGAAAGGAGGAAGGACAACUGUGGUAUCCACGUAAAGUGGCCGUUAUGCGAACAAACAGCAAAUUUGUUGUUUGUGAUCGUGGUAACGAACGCUCUCGUAUGCAAAUAUUCACCAAGAACGGUCAUUUCAUCAAAAAGAUUGCUAUUCGAUACAUUGACAUAGUGGCUGGUUUGGCGGUUACAAAUCAAGGACACAUUGUCGCAGUUGAUAGCGUUUCACCAACCGUUUUUAUCAUAUCCGAGGAUGGUGAACUAGUUCGUUGGUUUGAUUGCAGCGACUACAUGCGUGAACCAUCAGAUAUCGCCAUAAGUGGUUCUGAUUUCUACGUUUGCGACUUCAAAGGUCAUUGCGUGGCUGUAUUUACCGAAAACGGUACGUUUCAACAUCGCAUUGGUCAUGAAAAAAUCACAUGUUUUCCAAAUGGCAUUGACAUAUCCGAUGCUGGUGAUAUAUUAAUCGGCGAUUCACAUGGCAAUCGUUUUCACGUUGCAUGCUUUUCGCGCGACGGUGUCCUGCAAUCGGAAUUCGAAUGUCCCUAUGUAAAGGUAUCACGCUGUUGUGGUCUGAAAAUAACCUCUGAAGGUUAUAUUGUUACGCUCGCCAAGAACAAUCAUCAUGUGUUAGUUUUGAACACACUCUACAUUCAGUGAUUGACAGCCAGAGCAAGAAUCUUGAAACCAAGUCGUUAAAUAAUGAUCUCUGUUUUUUUUUUUAACUUUUAGGGUUACAAAGAUGGGUUAUUGGCCCGUCGCUCUUUACACAUACACUUAGUUAGGUAUUAGUGGUAUAGAUAUUGUACAAUUAUUUUACUUAUUUUUUUUCUCUUCUAAUUUUUAUUCGAGAUAGAGAGCUUCUUUAUUUGAUUGGCUCUUGUAAAACCGGUUUGUAUUUCAUAUUUAAGCAACCGAAUUCACUAAGACAUUUGAGUAAUGAUUAAUAUUUAAAAAAAAGAAGAAGAAAAACCUUACUAUGAAUUUUACAUCGUAACCGAUUCCUUAAUUUCAACAACAAUUGUUUUGUGAAACAAAGCUUUUUUUUGCCUUAUAUUGUUUAAACAUUUUUAUCGUGAAACACUUAAUUUUGUUAAUUUUGAUUUUGUUUCUAACUUUUUUUUUGUUUUUUAUUUUUACCUUUACGUAACUCCAACAACAAUUUCUAAACUCUUUUGUUUUGAUUUAAGUUGUCUAGAAUUUUCUUCGUUUACUCCAUUAAUAACCAUUUUGUUUACUAGUUAUACUGUGUAAUAUUUGAGUGAGUUUUGUAUAUACACAGACAAGAAGAAAUAAAACAAAAACGAAAAAUUGAAUUUUUCCUCUUCAUACUAACCCAGAUAAAAUACUGAAAUUGUUGAAAUAUGAAAGUCAUACAACCGAACGGAGUGGAUUUUGUUUCUUUAACAACUUUUAUUAAAAAACAUUUUUCGGUUAAUUUUUUUCCAAUUUUUGUUUUUGUUUUUGUCGAUUAGCCAAAUUUAGUUUUACGAAUCAAUGAGGUUUGUGGUAAUUUAAAGAAGAUGAAAAAUUACUUUACAUGAAAAAAAACGCUUAUUUACUAGAUUUAGUUUUUGCAUUAGAAAUUAGAAAUGAAAUGAAAGUAAUGGACUCGAUAUAAUGAAUAAUUUCUUUGUUCGUUCCAUUCAUUUCUUUUGUUUCUCCUUGAAUAACAAAAAAAGGGUGAUUUAUCGUUUUUUUUUGUGCGAGAUAUUAUCGGUUUCGCUAAUAUCUAAAACGCGCGAUUAUUGAUACAUCAAAAAACAAAAUAACAUCGACAAAAUUACCUCUUAAUUUUCAUGGUCCGCGCUUAUUAAUUAGAAA